AUGACAGUUGCAUCUUUGAAGGCACCUUCAAAAUUACUUUGGUCAUCAUCAUCAUCGCCGGUUAUUGCCGGCCAUAGAGGAUUCAAGAGUCGAUUUGUGGAAAACAGCUUGGUAGGGUUCACUAAAUGCUAUGACUCGGGAGCAACUGUUAUUGAAACGGAUUUAUGGCUAAGUUCAGACAAUGUAAUAGUGAUAUCCCACGAUCGCAUGACCAAAAGAGUCUUUGUUGAUGAAGAGGGAAAUGAAACAAACUAUAAUAUAAGCAAGACACCAUAUGACCCGGUUUUGAAAAAUUUGAAAACUAAGCAAGGUGGGUAUCCGCUACUUAGUUUUGUCGACUUGUUGAAUUGGUUUGUGGCGUAUGUUGAACGAAAAGAAGGAGGAGGAGAAGGAGGAGAAGGAGGAGAAGACAAGUUGAAGUUACAGUUGGAUAUCAAAAGAUUCAAUCCAACGAAAAUCACAAAGUAUAUUAUUGGCGACUUGUUAAAGGUGAAAGACGACUUAUGCUGGUGGUAUAGCAGAGUUCAAUUUGGGAUAUGGGACCUCAAGUUUUUGAAGUACUUGAAUCAAGAUGAAUUCUUCCAACAGGAUAUAUUUGGUAAAGUUGAUCCUCUGGGGUAUACCCAAUUUGACAUUUUCAACAUCAGUGUCAAUUGGAGAGACUCAAUCAACUAUAUCAAUUAUAAUUACUACUUGGACGAAACUACAUCGAAGGAGAGAAAGAAAUUGAAAUUGACAGGUGUGUCGCUAUUAUAUAUCUCUACUUGGUCAAUUGACUUUCUCACAAAGUUUGUCCCAUUGCUACAAAUUCAACGCUUGAAGUUUUAUUCGUGGACUGUAAAUAACAAAUUUCAAUUUCAAUACUUGAAUAAAAUUGGCGAAAAGGCAAAACUAGUCGAGUAUGGAAUCGUUACUGAUCAUCCCGAUACCAUGGUCGAGUACAAACAGGAGAUAUUGCAAAACAAUAUUGAAGUGUAUAGUUCUGAAUCCAAUGAUUCAGAGCUCAGUACUGAGAUUAAGCCAUUGAUUGAUUAUGAAAGCAAUCAGUACUAUAACGAGGAUGGUGAACUUGUCAUUGAGUUGACAGUGAAGCAAAUGAUCAUGUGCUGGAUAUACAAUCAAAUCAUAUCACUCAAUGGAUCAAAUAGGAAAAUUAAAACAGAGUCACAGAGAUUCGCUGCUAGAGUAGAUGAAAAUAAAAUUGAUGAGGUGAAGAUAAACCCAAUAUUUGCUUGGUGUUUCCAAACUUGUCAAAAAUACGGAAUAUUUUAG